CCAGCGCAGUAUCGCCAGCAACACGCGACGAUGAACACGACUCAGAUGACGGCGGCCGCCGCCCUCCUGGCGCUGCUCGCCGCCGCCGCCGCCGCCGCCGGGGGCGGGGUGAAGGGGCGGCCCGCCCGCCAGUUCCCGGUCGUGGCCACGUCGCAGGGUCAGCUGCGCGGCAGCGUCAUGCGCUCCCGCCAAGGCAAGGACAUCUACGCCUUCCGCGGCGUCAGGUUCGCCGAGCCGCCGCUGGGGGAGCUCAGGUUCAAGGCGCCCGUGCCCGUGGCCGCGUGGAGCGGGGUGCGCAACGCCACGGAGGACGGCAGCGCCUGCCCGCAGCCCGUGGCCGACUACCCGGUGCCCAUGUCGGAGGACUGCCUCUUCCUCAACGUCUACACCACCAAGCUGCCACAUGGACGUUCUAACCCCAGAAGACCUGUUGUGGUGUUCUUCAACCCAGGAGGAUUCUACGGGUUCACAGGACACAGCGCCAUACUUGGUCCGCAAUACCUCCUGGACCACGAGCUAAUUCUUGUCACGAACAACUAUCGGCUUGGAGCUCUAGGUCUGCUGUCCACGGGCGACGGCGUGCUGCCGGGCAACUACGCCAUGAAGGACCAGGUGGCGGUGCUGCGAUGGGUGCGCCAGAACAUAGGCGCCUUCGGCGGCGACCCUGACUCCGUCACCAUAGCGGGCUACAGCGCGGGGUCCAUGAGCGUCAUGUUUCACAUGGUCUCACCCAUGUCCAGAGGUCUGUUCCACCGGGCCAUCGCCAUGAGCGGCUCGCCCUUCUUCAAGUGGUCCGUGGACCGCGACCCGCUGCCCGUGGCCAGGAAGCUGGCGCGCCACUUCCGCUGUCCGGUCGACUCGUCGGAGGCCAUCAGGAGCUGUCUGCUGCGAGUGGACGCCUUGGAGAUGGGCCGCGCCAUCGACAUAUACCGGGAGUUCGCCUGGGACCCCAUAGUGUCGUUCAUGCCGACGCUGGAGCGGGCCGGCGACAGCGAGGAGCAGUUCCUGACGGUGGAGCCGCAGCAGUCGCUGCUGUCCGGGGACUUCGUGCACGUGCCGCUCAUCACCGGCAUGACGCAGGACGAGUUCGCCUGGAGGUCGCUGGAUGUUUUAAAGAAUGCGACCUGGAAAGAUGAAAUAAACAAUAACUAUUAUGAAGUGUAUCCCAUUGCCUUCAUGUACGAGCGGGGCACAGAACGUUCAAGAUACAUCACUGAUGAACUGAGAAACUUCUACCUGAAGAACAAGGAUGUUGAAAAUACGCCACGCAAUGGACUUGGAACGCUUUAUUCAGACGCCCUGGUUGGUUUCGGAGUGCACAGAACAUCGAAGGUGCUUCCGUGUGUGAACAGUCAACCUGUUUACUACUACAAGUUUUCAUUUCCUGGGAGGUACAGCUAUGUCUACUUGGAAAACACAACCACGCCAUUUGGAGUUGUGCAUCAUGACGAAACACUGUAUCUGUUUUACAUAUCUGUACUUGCCCCAUUUUUCACGGAAAAUGAUCCUGAGGUAUUAAUGGUGAAACGUCUGACACAGCUGUGGGCUAAUUUCAUCCAGACAGGGAAUCCCACACCAAAUAGGACGGAGCUCUUCAACAACGUCUUAUGGGAACCAAUAACGACAACGAACUCAAAAUACCUGGACGAAGGCACUGUGAUGGAAAUGAAGGAAGGGCUGUUUCAGGAAAGAUUGGCUCUGUGGGAUAGACUCUUCCCCCUUCAAAUGCCAAAAUGCUACGCUCAUUAAAGUUAUGAAGCAGAAAAUACAUUAAGAUAGUUCAAUGCGAUAUACUUCUGUAAUUUGUACCUACGCAACAAUAAAUUUAAAAACAAA